AUGGAGGCUCAACUACAGGCCCACAUACCUGGCCUGGACCACGUCAUUUCAGAGUACUCCGUGGGAUACUUGACCCACGCCUCUCAUCUCUAUGUCGAAGACGCCAAUGCCCCAUCUCCUCUGGUCGAAGCCGCUGAGACGGUGACGCAACUCCUGAUAUCAGCUUCCGGAGACUUCUCUCCGCAGAACUGCAAUGCGAUUGGAAACCUGGUGGAAAAAUUUAUUACGUCGUUGAGCUCCGCAAAUGGCCCCGAUGGUGAGCAGCGACAGAUGCCCUUUGCAGCAAAGAAGCUGGACCAGACUAUCAAUGUCGGUUCGCAACGCAACAUGUCCUCAACUCUUGGCUUGACCGGUACAAAUGUAGACCUUGAGUCUGCCAAUGCCCGUAAGGUGGAAUCUCGCGUGGACAAGAAGAAGCUGGAGAAGGCUGAGCGCAAGAUUCGCGCUAAGCAAGAGAAGAAGCAAAUGAAGACAGUUACCUACGAGGCUUCUCGUCUGAUCAACCAACCGGACGAGACGAUGACGUACGAAGAAUUCUUCAUGGCUGUUAACCCGCUCCAGCUGGGCUCGGAUUCACAGUCAAAGAGCAAGGAUGUCAAGCUGGACAGAAUCGAUAUUACGAUCGGAGGCCAGCGUAUUUUGACCGAUGCCGACCUUACCUUGGCCUACGGUCGUCGCUAUGGUCUUGUUGGUCAGAACGGUAUCGGAAAGUCUACUCUGUUGCGAGCCUUGAGUCGCAGAGAAGUCGCCAUUCCUAGCCAUAUUUCCAUUCUUCACGUCGAACAAGAGAUUACCGGUGACGAUACACCGGCCUUGCAAGCAGUUCUGGAUGCCGAUGUGUGGCGCAAGCACCUUCUUGGUGAACAAGAAAAAAUUUCAAAACAACUAGCGGCCAUCGAAGAAGAGCGAUCGACUUUAGCAGAUACAUCAAAGGAUGCUGCUAGGUUAGAUCAAGAACGAGAGGGCCUGGACGUCACCUUGAGUGAUAUUUACUCCAAACUUAAUGAGAUGGAAUCCGACAAAGCAGAGUCUCGAGCAGCCAGUAUCUUGGCUGGUCUUGGUUUCUCACAAGAAAGACAGCAAUUUGCCACAAGGACGUUCUCAGGAGGUUGGAGAAUGCGUCUUGCUCUCGCCCGAGCCCUGUUCUGCGAGCCCGAUCUCUUGCUUCUUGACGAACCGUCGAACAUGUUGGAUGUUCCGUCCAUUACUUUCUUGGCUAAUUACCUUUCGGGAUACCCUAGUACAGUAUUGGUGGUUUCUCACGAUCGUGCAUUCUUGAAUGAAGUUGCUACCGAUAUUGUCCACCAACACUCUGAGAGAUUGGAUUACUACAAGGGAGCUAACUUCGAAUCUUUCUAUGCCACUAAGGAGGAGCGACGCAAGAACGCCAAGCGUGAAUAUGAGAAACAAAUGGCCGAGAGAGCUCACUUGCAAGCUUUCAUUGACAAGUUCCGAUACAAUGCCGCCAAGUCUUCCGAGGCUCAAUCGAGAAUCAAGAAGCUCGAGCGUAUGCCUGUUCUCGAAGCACCCGAGGCCGAAUAUACUGUGCACUUUCAGUUCCCCGAGGUCGAGAAGUUGUCUCCCCCCAUUGUCCAAAUGGCGGAUGUUUGCUUCGGAUACACCCCAGAAAGACCCCUCCUCAAGGAUGUCGAGCUUUCUGUCCAACUCGAUUCACGUAUUGGUAUUGUUGGGCCUAAUGGUGCUGGUAAAACUACCGUGCUCAAGCUGCUCAUUAACCAACUCGCCCCGACGAAGGGUCUCAUCUCUGCUCACUCCAGACUGCGCAUUGGAUUCUUCGCUCAACACCACGUUGAUGCUCUCGAUAUGAACACAAGUGCCGUCAGUUUCAUGGCAAAGACAUACCCCGGAAAAUCUGACGAGGAAUACCGAAGACAUCUGGGCGCUUUUGGUAUCACUGGUAUGACCGGUCUUCAAAAAAUGGAGUUCCUUUCCGGAGGUCAAAAGUCUCGUGUCGCUUUUGCUUGUCUGUCUCUUACCAAUCCUCAUAUUCUUGUUCUUGACGAGCCUUCCAAUCACUUGGAUAUUGAAGGUAUGGAUGCGCUUUCCUCGGCGCUCCAGCGUUUCGAGGGUGGUGUCGUUAUGGUUUCUCACGAUGUGACUAUGUUGCAAAACGUCUGUACUAGUCUCUGGGUUUGUGACCAGGGUACAGUACACAAGUUCGAUGGUGAUGUAAAGGCGUACAAGAAGAUGAUUACUGCACAGGCCGAUGCAGCUGGUGUUGUGGCUAAGCACUAG